UACGGGGGCGCCGGGGGCGGGGGAGGGGGCCCCGGGGGGGUUGGUACCCCCCGGAUAAGGGUCGCGACCCUCAGCGGGCCCUGCUGCGCACCCCUGCCCGUCACCCAAGCCUGUAACAUAGCAGGGAGACGUGGUCUGGCGAUGCUCCUGUCAUGUGCAGGAUGCGAGAAACCAAUUAUGGAUCAGUACCUGCUGAAUGUUUUGGACCGAGCAUGGCACGUCGAGUGUGUCCGCUGCUUCGAUUGCAGAACCACGUUGCAGGACAAGUGUUUCUCCAGGGAAGCGAAGCUGUUCUGCAGAGAGGAUUUCUUCAGGCGAUACGGCACGAAAUGCAGCGGUUGCCUCCAAGGGAUAAGCCCUCAGGAUCUCGUGAGGAAGGCGAGGGACAAGGUUUUCCACCUGAAUUGCUUCACCUGCCUGGUGUGUCGGAAGCAGAUGAGCACCGGAGAGGAGCUCUACGUCCUGGACGACAACAAGUUCGUCUGCAAGCAGGACUACCUGUCGGGCAAGCCGCUGCCGGAUACGCAUCACGUGCACGGUCAUCAUGAAUCGUCCAACCUGUCGACAGGAGGAGACUCGUUGAUGGGUUCAGGGUCGGAAGACGAGGACGAAGACGGUAGUAGUCACCAUCAUCACGGUGGUGUCGGUGGCUCUCAUUUGGGACCUCAUAAUCUGGGUCCAGGUGGUCCUGGUGACCAAACGGUUGGUCACACCGGCGAUCUACCUCUUGGAAGCGAUCCUUGCAAGCAGGAAGACUCCGAGGAUCAAGGUUCCCUGGACGGAGAUCCCGAAACGAGGGAUAGCCAAACGGAGAACAAAAGUCCAGACGGUGGUGCCGGUGGUGGUAGCGGCGACGGCGGUGCCGGCUCGAAGAGGCGAGGCCCGAGAACCACCAUAAAGGCGAAACAGUUGGAGAUUCUCAAGUCUGCCUUUUCGUCCACUCCGAAACCCACCAGGCAUAUCAGGGAACAAUUAGCAAAAGAGACUGGCUUGCCCAUGAGAGUGAUACAGGUCUGGUUUCAAAAUAAGAGGAGCAAAGAGCGUAGGUUAAAACAACUGACGUCGAUGGGCAGGAGCCCGUUCUUCGGCGGCUCCAGAAAAAUGAGGGGCUUCCCCCUGAACCUGAAUCCCGGUGCUUUGGGCGGCGAGGACGGACCGCCGCCCGGUUUUCCAUAUUUCGGCGCGGAGAAGUUCGAAUUCGGUUACGGCGGGCCCGUGGCAUUUCACCAUGAAUUCUUUGGUGCUCAUCCGCCCCCUCAUCCACAUGGACCGCCCUUUAGCGGACCAGGCAAUCCUGGUUUGGACCCGGCGAGUUUAGCGGGUAUGGCGGCCGCAGUGGCGGUGACAGGGGAAUAUCCACCUCCGGGUGCGGGAGGUGGCCCUCCGGAAUUUCUCACGGGCCCUCCUGGACAGGGGCCCCCUGCACCUUCCAGCGGUAGUCCUGGAGAGUUCCUAGCACCUUCAGGUGGAGCACAGGGUAAUCCCAGUGCCGGUGGGAAUGGCGGCGGUCCAGGUGGCGGCGGCGGCGGGGGUGGGUUCCUGGAGCCGCACCAGAUGCAGAGCGAAGGGCUGGCCUGGUAGUACGAGUUUUAAUUAACGUUCAUUUCUUUCGUGUUUUGUUGCUUUCCAUCGGCCGGGCGAAUAUCGAUCAGAUUCCGACGAAAAAUCGACCGGUCGGCCGCCAUCUCCCCCUCCCCCCCGAUGGAGAGACCGUACCGACUUUGUUCCGGCUCCAGAGACUUUUGUCCGCGAACGAGAGAAUGUGACGCAAGUCGUUCACGUUCGAGCCACGACGACUUUUGCAUCCUUGUAUGUACGUUACGUUUCUGUAAGAUACGCAUACGACAAGACGAUCGAUCGUUUCGAUUAGCUUCGUUUUCUUCACGGUUAUCAUUGUCAUUAUUAACAUUAUUAUCUUUAUUAUUAUUA